AUGCAUAUCAGCCAGCUAUACACUUACCCUAUCAAGUCGAUUCGUGGGACGGCCCUCUCGUCCGCUACCGUCACCCGAACAGGCUUUCUCUACGAUCGACGGUUCAUGCUCCUGAAGGUCCUUGACGAUGGCACCUUGAAGAACAUGCAUGUUCCACACUUUCCAGAAAUGUCCCUUUUCCAAGCCGAGAUUGUCCUCCCUAGCGAGGGUGGUACGGAACCAGGACAGAUUAUAGUGACCUUUCGGCCAGCUGCGAGCGAGACCCUCAGCGAUGAUAAUGGCACCAAAUCAACCCGCAUCCUCCACCUCCCCCUUUGUCCUGACACGCGGCAAUUGGAAGAGCUGGCCAUCGUGAUGCAUCAGAGCCCCACGAAGGGAUAUAAUAUGGGGGCGCAGUAUAAUGAUUGGUUCAGCGAGUGGUUCGGAUACCCCGUUGUGCUGGCCUACCUGGGACCACAUUCGAGGCGGGUUCUCGGGAGUUUCGAGCCCUCAAAAAGUGCAGCGCAUGCGGGGGUGAUCAAGCAAGAAACCACAGGAAAGCCAAAAGGAAAGAAAAAUGAUGCGGGCAUGCUUACUGCGGGGACAGUGGUUGGGAUCGCUGGGAUGACCCUUUUGUUCAAUCUACUAGUGGGCUUGAGUACGACGGGCGCACAGAAAGCACUGUCGAUGUCCAGCGCGGCAGCGGUGAUCGUGUUGCUAGUGGUUAUGCUUGGGGGAAAGGCUAUCUAUGAUCGAGUCAGUACAAGAGGGGAAGGAGAGGAACGCAUCACAUUCGCGGAUACGGCCCCGUAUCUGCUAGUGUCGGCGACAUCGGUGGACAACGUGUCGGAGCGGCUGGGAGGGGGCCUGGACAUGGAUGUCACCAAGUUCCGCCCAAACAUUGUUGUGGCUGGCGCGAAAGAGGCCUUCGAGGAAGACUUCUGGGCGGAGGUGGUUAUUGGGUCUGGCAAAGAAGGAAAAGCGCGGCUGCUGCUGACAGCCAACUGCGUUCGGUGUCAGAGUCUGAAUGUCGACUAUGCGACGGGCGCGAUGGCACAGGGGGAGAUGGGCAAUGUGUUGAAGAAAUUGAUGAAAGACCGUAGGGUCGACAAAGGGGCGAAAUUUAGCCCAGUCUUCGGUCGGUAUGUCUUUCUCGACGGUGAGUCGGAGGGUCAGACAGUGCAGGUGGGUGAUGAGGUGGUUGUCACUCGACGCAUGGAUGAACGAAUGGUGUACGGUGAGUACUGA